UGUAAUUUAUCAGUUUGGAGGGGCGUAGAAAGGAGGCCAUAUUGUACAGUUAAAUUGAAAGAACGAAAAUAAUUAUAUCAUCGUGUAGUUGUGCUUGUUUCGUUUCGUAUUUUUACUGUACACAUUCGAAACGGUAUCGUUAGAUUCUCGCAAUUAAAGUAACAGUGUACAGGAACCGAUUCGAGGUUCCUAAUUUUUUUUGUAAAUAACUACAAGUCGUAGUAGUGUAUCCUGAUAUCUAGGUACCGUCCGUCAGUCUACUAAAGGGGUUUAUUGCUCCGAACGAGAUGGGCACUCGGGAUGAUGAAUACGAUUAUUUAUUUAAAGUUGUUCUUAUCGGUGACUCUGGAGUAGGAAAAAGUAAUCUGUUAUCAAGAUUUACGAGAAAUGAAUUCAACUUAGAAUCAAAAUCGACUAUAGGAGUUGAAUUUGCUACGCGUAGUAUACAAGUAGAUGGAAAAACUAUUAAAGCUCAGAUUUGGGACACGGCUGGGCAAGAACGUUACCGUGCUAUUACAUCUGCAUAUUAUCGUGGUGCAGUUGGAGCCCUGUUGGUAUACGAUAUCGCGAAACAUCUAACGUAUGAAAAUGUGGAAAGAUGGUUGCGAGAAUUACGGGACCAUGCUGAUCAAAACAUUGUCAUUAUGUUGGUGGGAAACAAAUCUGACUUAAGGCAUCUACGCGCAGUUCCAACUGAUGAGGCAAAAGCAUUCGCAGAGAGAAAUGGCCUCUCUUUCAUUGAAACAUCUGCUUUAGAUUCUACCAAUGUUGAGACAGCAUUUCAAAAUAUAUUAACAGAAAUCUACAGAAUCGUAUCGCAGAAACAGAUACGUGAUCCACCUGAAGGUGAUACAAUCCGGCCACAAAACGUAGAACCAAUCGACGUGUCACCAACAAUGAAUUCAGAGGGAAUGCGUAAGCCGUGCUGCCAGUGACUCACCUUGCUGCUUAAAAUGACAUACAAAGAGGCACAGGCGAAAAGAAAAGUGGUCGAUGGUAAACGUAACAGGUGCAUACAGUACAAGAGUCAAGACUAUUUACGGUUAUAAGUAUACCCGACUAAGUUUUCCCAAAUAAUCCGGCGUUCUGGAAGGAGGUUAGAUUUUUAAUUGCUUGGUGACAAAUAGUAGACAAGUGUGCGCUGUUGCGAGCCGUACUUAAAGAGUAUUCUUUUACAUCUUUGUUCACGGUCGCUUGGCUUCGAUGAAACAUUCUAAAUUGGCAUCGCUUUCUCCGACGAAGAGAUUAAUCACCGUUCUCUCACCGGGAACACCAGAGAAAACUGUAUACUUCUCUCGAGUUCCUUUGGAUUAUUUGGGAAAAAUGUAUUGUAAUCUCGCCGCUAAGAAACGCGAAGAGUCGAGGAAACUAGCGACACUUAUACACCAUAGCAGAUACAUACGAGUAAAUCAUAAACACGAUCGUACAAUCUAAAUACAUCAUCAGAAAUAUUAAAAAAAAAGGGCGAAAGUAUGUACGCGCUCUUAUUCUGUCUUCGAAAUUCAUCCCCUGUCGCUCUCACUUCCUGUUUCAUUUUUUCUUUAUCGUUACAAUAUGUCAAUGUUUGUGUUACUGCUUUGUAAUACAUGUGUAACUCUACUCGACACGUAGUGAGCGAUCGUGAAUAUGCGAAUGAUUUAUAAUAUUACAUAAAUAAGAUACAUCUGAGAUAUUUGGUUAAAAGUUUGAUGCGUAGCCUACAGAUUGCAAGGAUGAUAAUUUUUUAAUUUUUAUUAUUCUGUUGGCCUCAUUACUUAUAAAAUAUAGAAAUUAUUUACAAUAUUAUUGUUACAGAUUAGCAAUUGUUCCUCCACGAGUAAGCAACUUGAGGCAUCCUUGAGUAAAGAAAGCGAAGAAUUCAAUUGAAUGUUAAACGAAGAGAAAAUUAAAUAAAAAACGAAGCAAUAGUUGAGAGAGGAAAUUUGUAUACAAUUUGAAAGACCUUUUAUCUAGAGGGAAGUAUUUAUCAUUGUACAUUAAAUGAAAAUCUGUUUCAUCCUUACGAUUAGCAAUACAUGUUCUCAAAAUUUAACCAAAUAUUUUAGAAACAAUCUACACUGUAACACAUGAAGUCUUGCGGUUAAAAUAUACAGGUGCACAACAUAGAAGAAACAAAAAAAAAAAAAA